AUGAUUUCACUAUUUGGUGAAACAGAUGAAGAUCUUCUUGCAUUAGAAAUUCUUUUAUUCAAAUUAUGUUCCACGGAAGACGAAUCAAAUUUAUGCUUCAAUCACUUGUACAAGUAUGAACGCAAUCAACGAUGUACAAUAUUAAUGAUUGCUAUACUUAAACACCGUGUCAAUCUCGUUCGAAUGUUGUUAACUAAAUUUCGAAAAUCCAUCGAUUUAGAGAUGAAAGGUUCUGUUCGAUAUAGAUCUUCAUUACACCAUGAGAUGAGCGCAUUAUGCGCAGCUAUAUGUGCAGAAAAUUUAGAUCUAAUCAAAUUGCUAAUCGAACAUGGCGCUGAUGUUCAUACUGUAAGUGACUACGAUACAACACCAUUACAUAUCGCGACUAUUCUCUGCAGAUUUGAUAUUGUGCAAUAUUUAGUUGAAGAAGCACAUGCAGAUGUUCAUCGAAAGAACAAGAGAAAUGCGAUAUGUUUAAAUAUGGCAGGAAUUCUUGGUCAUUUACAAUUAAUUGAAUAUUUUUUGAAGCAACCUGGUACAAAUGUUAACCAUCAGACUAAUGGCGGAGAAACAACAUUACAUUGUGCUGUCAUAUUGAAUCAUAUCGAUGCUAUUAAACUUCUCUUGUCAUACAACGCUCGAAUUGAUAUUCAAAAUGAUGAGAUGAUGACUCCCUUGGAAAUCGCUGCUGUUGAUUUGCAUGAAGAAAUUGUGAAUUAUUCAUUGAAUGUUGAAGAUAUGGUUCGAGUUCGAGAUAAAAUCGAUAUCUUAGAACUAUUAGGAGCUUCACUUUUGUGUGCUAGAAGUGAAUUUCAGCAUUAUGACAGAGGUUAUCAAUAUUUAAUGCAAGCAAUGAUAUUGAGAAUGUCAAAUGGAAUCGAAAAAACACCGAAUAAACCGAUUUCAGUCUAUAAAAACCAUGUUGAAUGCCUUUCAAUUGCGGAACUUGAAUCAAUUCGCUAUAACAAUGAUGGGCUUCGUCUUGAAGCAUUGCUGAUUUGCGAACGACUUUUGUCAUCGAAAAACAAUAUGGAAUUAGUAGAUUGUAUUCAGAGAGAAAGUUGGUUAUGUUAUUCAAAUUCUGAAUACGAGCGUGGUAUUGAUUUGAGCCUUCGUGGAUUACAGUUUUCUAUUAUCAAUGAUCAUAUGAAUAUCAAUAAUCGAAACAGAAUGUUUUAUAUCUCCCAGGUAACACGAGAUAUUGGUGAAGUAUACUUGGAAAUAUUGUCCUUCGGAAAUGUAUUUAUUCCAACAAGAAGAUUUUUGGAAUGUUUUCAAUUAUCAAUCGAUCGGUUUCGACGUCUAUAUCGGAAAUUACUUGCAGCACCAGAAAAAGUGAUGCAAAUUGCACAUAAUUACUAUAUGAACAGCAUUUUAUUUUUAAUUUAUGUUUCUACGAAGAUUUGUUUCACAUCGAAUGAACAAGAACAACUGUGUAGAUUAAUACAAUGGAUCAAUCGAUUAAAUAUUUUCACAAAAUUUGAUCGUUCAACACUUCUACACUUAUUUUGUCAUCCACAUUUUAGUCUCAAAAUAUCACAAACCGAAAUCUCUUUUCUGUGUGCUGAUGCUGUCAAGUUAUUGAUCGAAUGUGAUUUUGAUGUUAAUGCUGUUGAUAUCAAUGGAAAUACACCUUUGCACAUUCUUUUUCGAAAUAUUUCAGAUACACAGUUGACGAUCGCAGAAACAAUAUUGGACAUAUUUUUGCGUACAAAUCGAUUUCAUCCGGAUUACGUUAAUAAGCAAGGCAAGACGCUUUUGGAUUGUACGGCAAAUUCUCAAUUGAUCGAAUUAUUCAAACGGAAAGUUGUUCUAAGUUUGAAGUGUCAAUGUGCUCUGCGUCUUAAUCAAAUGAAGAUCAAUCAUGAAAGCUAUUUAUCAAGAAAUCUAAUCGAAUUUGUUCGAAAACAUAAAUAG